AUGGCUACUUCAAAAGCGUCACCCAGACUUGACUGGUAUCAGAACUCAACGACUGUGGAUAUAUCUUUCUUCGUCAAGAACAUCGAUGCGUCAACUGCUAGCGUCGAGUUUACAAAUGAAUCUUUACGUGUGGAAUUCACCGGUGGUGACGGAUUGGAGUAUCAGUAUGAGGUUUCAAAUCUUGCAAAGGAAAUAGUUCCGGAAAAUUCCAGCUGGCGUGUUUUUGGUACGAAACUGGAGGUGGAGCUAGCGAAGCUGGAAACAGGCAUCAGUUGGAAGGGAAUAGAAAAGACCGAUUCCGAGGAAACGGUCCAAAGACAAAAUCAGAUUGUGUCAGACACGGUGCCGACAGCGUUUUCCUCGAAGAAGAAUUGGAGCGAACUGGAUCUGGAUGAUGAAGAAGACAACACCAAUGUUGAUCAGUUCUUCAAGAAGCUAUAUGCUGAUGCGGAUGAUGAAACCCGCAGAGCAAUGAUGAAGAGUUUCGUUGAGAGCAACGGAACGGCUCUUUCGACCGAUUGGACCUCGGUUUCAAAAGGAAAAGUGGAGACGGCGCCUCCAGAUGGGAUGGAAUCUAAGAAGUGGUAG